ACGCACUCGAGUACAAUGGCGCAAUCGCAGCUGUUGUCUCUGUUCUCGCGAUGGAUGAAGCCGGUAGACGAGUUUGGACCAGGCCUGGAGGAGUUGAAGAAGCACCUCAUUCAACUGAUAUCCAGGGUCCAAGGUCUCCAGGCUAUUGUAUUCACAGACCGAGACGGUGUGCCUCUAAUCAAAGCUGCGACAGAUGGAGCACCUGAGCAUGCCUUGAGGCCUGGCUUUCUGGCAACAGUGGGCAUGGCCAUGUCUCAAGGCAACAAGCUGGGCCUGGGCAAAUGCAACAAGAUGAUUUCCUCUUAUGGCAACUAUCAGGUGGUGAGUUUCAACAGGCAUCCUGUUACCAUCACACUGGUUGCAAGCAGUUCAGCAAACACUGGCAUGAUACUGAACCUUGAAGAGGAGCUGAACACAGUUUCGCAAACACUAAGGAGUGUUGUUGAAGCUUCUUAACUCUUAUAAACAGGGGAUGGUGGCUGCUGUGUUAUUGCUGCAGGCGGUGUUAGCGAACCUGACAUUCAGCGCCGGCAACUUCUCCAUCUGGGUGCCACUGUCCAUAACAAAAAGCGCGCAGCCAGUCCAUUAGUUCACAGUCGCGUGAAAACGUGACAACGAUACGCUCUACUCCGUUCGCACUAUGCGUGGUCCUUCCGGAAAAAAACAUUACGCGAUGGAACACGCAUUACCUAAUUUUUCUCUAUUUCUUCAGAGCCGGGAAAGCAGAGCCGCGUAAUUCAUGAAAACAACAGCAUCUGGUAUUGCUGGACACGCUCUGCAAAUUGUUAAAAUGCAUUUCAUGUCCUAAAACCAAUAUCUAAAAGAAUUACAGAAGCCAUCUUAAGUAAGCGCACUAUACAAAAGUAUUCUGAGCACCUCAAAACAACCAGAAACAAUAUGCCGUUGGCAUAUUGUUGUCAAACAUCACUUUCUAUAAAAAAAUAUAUGUCUUUCCGAAUUACGUGCGGACACUGUUCAUGUGAAGUUUCCUACAUGUUGUGAUUUGUAUCUACUGCUUAUUUUCACCAUAUCUUAAAGAGCAUAUAAACAGCGA